AAAAGAAAAAACGAAGUGAUCGAACGUGUUCUUGUUGUUUUGCCGCUGUUUGUUUCGUUUCACACCUCCAAUCCCGCACCUAUUGAAGACGUUCACACUUUUUCAAAAGAAAAACAAUUAGAAUCAGUGAAAGAAUACAAAACAUUUUAUACUUGUGCUCAUUCACACUAACAGACACAGCGUCGACAGCCAACAAGUACGAUGUUGUUUCGGUAGCAGAUAAAAAAUACAUAAUACAGCAAAACAACUAGAACGAGUCUUCGAAAUAGAACGCAUUACACUUGUGAUUUGGAUUUUAAGGUGUUCAGUCAUUCACAUAUACAAAAAUAACCGUCGGAAUGUAUUCAAAAAUAUAAAAGUACAUAGUUAGUGAAUGAAAAAGCAUAAAAGCUAUAUAUAAUAUUUUAUUUAAUAUUUGAAAUAAAAACAAUGAAAAAAGUUAUUUUUUGUAAUCGGAAGUGACUUAAUUUUAAUAUAAAUAUAUAAUUAACUAAAUACAAAUAAAUAAAAAUGGAAAAUGAUCAUCAAAUAGUUAAAAAAAGUGACAAUAUUCUUAAAACUAAAAGUGGAUCUUCGAAACUUAUUUUAAGUAAUGAAAAUAAAGAAGAAUUAAAUAUGGAAACGACGUAUAAUAAAAAUGUACACACUUCUCAGGUUUCAUUGCCAAGUAUCAAAGGAAUUACUACUAGUACUACUAAUAAUAAUUCGCAUAGUCCGAAAAUGGGAUCCAGACGAAUAUUUACACCACAAUUCAAGCUGCAAGUUUUAGAAUCGUAUAGAAAUGACAACGAUUGUAAAGGAAAUCAACGAGCUACAGCCAGAAAAUAUAAUAUACAUCGACGACAAAUUCAAAAAUGGCUUCAAUGUGAGUCUAGCCUCCGUUCCUCAGUUGCGAAUAUAAAUCAUACAUCAAUAAAACACCAAUUUCACAAUGUCAGUAUGCAACAGCAACAACAGUCAAAAAUUAUUGGAAUUACCACAAAUUCAGUGAGUAAUAGUUCAUCAUACACAUCAAGUCAACUACAUUCUACACAUUUAUGCCUAGAUUCAACAAGGGGUUCUGUUCCUCUUAAUUCUAUUAAAGUGCCAUCGUUAUCUUCUUGCGUAAAAACACCCACAUCUCAGGGAUCCCACGAUAUUUUCGAAGCUUCAAAUUUGGCUGCUGUUGUUGCUGCUGCAGCGGGAUCUAUCGCUAUUACUAGCUCUUCUGAUACAUCAUCAACAGCAGUUGUAUCUCCUUUACGACCUUCAGUGACUAUUAUAUCAAAUAGAAAUACAAAUGCGCCAAUAUCACCUUUACUUCACCAUCACUAUGGAAUCCCAUCAUACAGUACUAUGUCUUCUUCUGCUACGGUGCCGAUAUUAGCACAUCAUCUAUCUAAUCCGCAGCAACACAUGCACCAGCACACCCACCCAUCACCUCAGACAUCUUACCAGUACCACAAUAUGGCAUAUUCUCCAACAUUAUCAAAUCUUCAAACAGAGAAACAGCAGAAUUCUUCAUAUUUUACGCCAAUAAGUCUCGCGAGCAUCCAACCACCACAAGUUUUAUCAUCGGCUUCCUCUGUAACCAGCAGUUAUUUAGAAGAUACUGAAGUUACAAACAAAUUGGAUUUGAUGCCAAUGGGAACUAAAACAUAUCCUAAAUUUGUGUCUGAUAAAAAUGCCUUUUUGUGUAAUAAUAAUCAGUUUCAUGUCAGUUAUGAGUGUCCCGAGUCCGCAGAGGUAAUUAGCACUUCUAAUAUCAGUGUUCCAUUCAGUAUCAACCAAUUAAAGGAAAACACGUCAUAUUCCACUGCAUACUCCUUUGGCCCAAUGGAUUUAUCAGUUCGACAUCGUCGAGAUACUAAAUCUAAAUAUGUUAUGAACACAAUAUCCGGCAUCCAUAACACGGAUUUUAAACAAACGGAAAUUCCUGAAAGAAAAGUUUGGAAUGAUAAGACAGGUGUAGUUGAUUUGACAUACCGUAAAAGAAGAGUUCUUAAUAUUCCCCAUUCAAGCGAUGACGAUUGUAAAGAUGAAUUAUCCGAUAAACAUCCGAAAUUAUCCGAUAUUUCAUCUACAAACUCCUAUGAAGACGAUGAUAUUGAAAUUGAAGUAGGAAUCGAAGAAAAAUUUCCACCAUCGUCGAAGCCAGUAAAGCUUUUUAAACCAUAUUUGCUAGACGAGUGUGAAAGCAAAGACAACAACGUUAAUAGUAAUAAUAUAAAUAAAUUUAGCAAACAUGGACAAAGCGAACAGUUAGAACAAAUUUUAACCAAUAGCUCUGCAAAUGGUAAUUCCACAACAAUAACUAAUAGUUCUAAUGAAGUUUUUGUACAUGCAAAAACGUUUCCAGAAGUCGUGAAGGAAAACAUUAAUACUUGUGGAGAUAGUACUAAUUUUCUUGUAGAAUCUAGAUGUGAAAGUCCAAGAAGUGCCUGCAGUCCAGCCACCUCUGUCCCCACAAUGUCACCAAUUAACUUUCAGUGCCCUAAAGGUUCACCAGCAUCUUCAGGCUAUGAAAGUUCUACGUCUUCUUAUAGUGAGUCAUCUUCAUCUUCCAGAAAUGAGACAUUCACGUAUGGGCAAACAUACUGCGUCAACCUUCAAAUGCAAUCAAUCUAUAACGAAAAUAUACAUGUCAUGCAUCCAUCAAAUAACGUACAAAGAUGGUUGGAAAAAGAUGGUUCUAAACCGUUAACAACUAAUUCAUCUAUAGCAUUAUUGGUAUAGGUAUAUAAAUUCACUAGUUAAUAGUUGAAGUACAUACUAUAUAUAAAUCAAUAAAAUCUUAUUAAUAUUUUUGAACAUUGCUUUGAUUCGUUUUUAAUUUUAAUAAAAGCGUUUAAAAACAUACGUAAAUACACAUUAAAAUAUAAUGAAAAUUUUUUUGGUAUAUUAAGUUAAAUUUUUUUCUUAAAAAGAAAAAUACAUAUUGUAAUGUUUAUUUAUUUAAAAGAAAGCUUUAAUUAAGUCAGUCUUGGAAUAAUUUGGCGAUUAAUUGUGAUAUAAAUUGAAAUGUUGAAAUUAAAAAAAACAUUAUUAUUAAAUUUUAAAGAAAAAAGUCUUAAUUAUAUGUAGUUUUAAAAAAGUUAAUUGUAUUUUUAUAUGAUUUAGAUAACUAGAGUAUUGGUAUACAUGAGAAAAAUAUGUAUUUGAAAUAAAGAAUUCUAUUAAACAAUA